CGAGCCGGGAGGCGGAGCGGAAGCAGAGUGUGAGCUGAGAGAAGAGUAGGAUCUCCACCAGCUGGAAACCAAUCUUCUUCCUGAUUCCCAGUCGCGUCCUUUCUCCAUCCCAACCUGGAGGCUGCUUCGCCAGCAGCUGACGCCCUCUAAUCGGCUUUCGCUGUGCCUCCCUAGAGCCCCUUGGCAGCGGCGGCGACGGUGACGAGAACCCCAUAGACUAGAGUUAAUUGAGAGUUGGAGGCCACCUUGCUGAAGAUGAAGAAUAUACCGUAUUAGCAGAGGAAGAGGAAAUUUUCUCUUUUUCCCUUCAGAAGUCGCGGCUGACUGGUGGCUUGCCUCUAGUUACUACUUUUCGGCUGAGUCUGCUUGCUCCAUGAGACAUGAUUUUUACAAUCUCAAGAAAAAAUAUGUCCCAGAAGUUGAGUUUACUGUUGCUUAUAUUUGGACUUAUUUGGGGAUUGAUGUUACUCCACUAUACUUUUCAACAACCAAGACAUCAAAGCAGUGUCAAGUUGCGUGAACAAAUACUAGAUUUAAGUAAAAGGUAUGUUAAAGCUCUAGCAGAGGAGAAUAAGAACACAGUGGAUGUCGAGAAUGGAGCUUCAAUGGCAGGAUAUGCGGAUCUAAAAAGAACAAUUGCUGUCCUUUUGGAUGAUAUUUUACAACGGUUGGUGAAGCUAGAGAACAAAGUCGACUAUAUUGUUGUGAACGGCUCGGCAGCCAACACUACUAAUGGCACUAAUGGGAAUCUGGUGCCAGUGACCACAAACAAGAGGAUGAACGCGUCAGGCAGCAUUAGAUAGCAGUCGAAGAUCACCUGGUGCUGCUACCUCCACCCCGGACUGGAUCCUAGGGCAGAAAAGCUUUUACAGGAAAACGCUGGCUAGGAUAGCGUAGUGCUUUAUAGUCAAAGCUCUGCACACUUCAAGGAAAAUGCUGGAUUCAUGGAAUUCAAUUCUGUACAUAAAUUUUAAAAGUUAUUAUUAGUUUGCUUUCAGGCAAGUCUCUUCCAUGCUGUACUAUAUCCUUAAAGGGAAUUUGGUAAAAUGUUUGAUGUGGUGUACAGGUGGGUGAUCUUUGUAUAAACCUUUGUGUUUGAGAUCCAGCUGAAAUAAAAACAUCGAAAGACAUUGAAAGUUCAUUCUAUAAAAUAUUUAUUUAAAUAUAUAACAUGUUUUUCAGACAAGUGAAGAAUAUUGUUAUUGAAUCACUCUGUUAUUUGUUCUUAAUGUAUAUAACCGUUAGACUAGUGCUCUUAGAAAGCGUGCUGACUUCCAGUGCUAUAUUUUGUUACACAGAUUAUGAGCAGAGAAAGGAAGUAUCAUGUUGAAAAUAAUGUUUUGAAAUCUUGACCCAAAGAAUGUCUUCAUUUGCACUAUCCUUCAGAGUAACUGGAGGUUAAUUGUUGUAUAUUUUUAAAAAUUACAUUUAUAUGAGUAUAAUCUUGAAAUGGGUAGUAGCCACUGUCUGUAACCUAUUCUAAACAUUGGGACAAUUAAAUAACACUUAAAUAGUCAUCUCUAAUCUCAUAUGUAAGACUUUCUUACAUGUAUUCUGAAGAAUACAAGAUAUUUUUAUGAUGAAAUUAAAAAUAAAUACUCAUGAUUCCUUUCACAUGAAUGUUAAUUUAAAAGUUUAACCCUUUCAAUGUCAGGAAAGCACAUUAUUUCCAUAUUUGGAUAAUUUUUGUCUUUAUGUCGCAGGGGAAGGGGGAUAGAGAUAUUCGUGAAACUGGGGCUCUUAAGGACUUUAGCCAGAGGUAUAGGUGCAUAAAGGUGUUUGUACUGCAUUAAACUGCUUGGAAAAUGUUAACAUUGUAUUAUAUAGGAGUAUCCUGCUUUAUGAAAUUUUGAAUUUGUGUAACAGAUACAUUAGAUGUUUGUUUUAUGUAAUAGCUACUUAAAAAUAAGAGCAUUUAGGACAUAAUUUAAAUUAUAAGAUUGACUAUCUUUUUAGGAAAACAGUUGGUGUAUAUAGCACAAGAGAUACUAAUCGUAAUUCUAAUACAAAGCCAAGGACACCUUUAUUUAAAUUUCCCUUGUAGCAGAUUUAAUUGCCAUAUGGUGCCCUAUAUUUCAUAGUAUUUAUUCUCUAUAAUAACUGCUUAAGUGCAGCUAGCUUCUAGAUUUAGAUUAUAUUGAAUUUAGUUUCAGAUAUUGUUCAUUAUUAUAAUAUGCUACCACACAUAGUAGCAAUAAUUAUAAUGUUUUAUUAAAAUAAGUAUGAGAAAAUACUAUAUUAUAAAAGGUAGCUUUCCAAACUUUUCCUGAACUCUAUCUUUAUGUGAAGAAAUUAAUUAUAUACCAUUGCCAGGUAAGGUUUGGAAUAAUUGUUCAGUCUUACUAGAUGUGGACAUUUUUGUUUUUUGUUGUUGUUUUCAGGGAUGAAAUAAAAUAUAUUAUUUGUACUUACAAAGUGUUACACUUUUUUUCUUUAUAGUUGUUGUGCAUUUAAUAAAUGGUUAAUGAUUAAAAAGAAUCUUAGAAAAUUCUGGAUUUGGUCCAUUAACUCCAUAAAUUCUGGAUUUGGUCCAUAACUCUUUCAAACGAGAAAAAUGGAGGCUUGUCUUCUUUAGGACAGGAGAGACUGAGGCCAGGGAUUGAUGAGAUUGAGUCCGAGGAUCGUAAUUGCAGGUGGUGUCCUAGGUUUUGUAUCCUCAAGUUGAAAUGUACUGUUGAGUUUUUGUAAGUCAUGCCUUCGUAUUUAUAUCUCAGUUAACUUUAGUUAAUCAGGGUAUUCAUCUUCUGAGAGAGCUAGAGAAAGAGAGGAGAGAAAGAAAUGAACAUGAAAGUAAGAAGAAAUACAGAAAAAGCAAAAUGCAGGGGGAAAAAAUCCAAAAUUUUUCUACCCAAAGAUAACUGCUGUUGACAUUUUAGUAUAUAAAUGUGAAUCUCAUUUCUCUUGCUGACCCUCCCCAUUACUUUCUCAUUUCCGGUUGAAAAUACAGCAUUCUCACUUUGGUGGCCACAAAGCCCUGAUUUACUCCUGUUGCCUUGUACCCUUAUACCAACGUCAUUCUUCCCUUCAGCCAUGUUGACUUUCUCCUCCUAGGGCACACUAAGCAUGUACUUGCAUCAGCAGCUUCAAACUUGGUAUUUCUCCAUUUGUAACUCAUUCCCAGAUAUCUUCACGGUUCCCACCCUCACAUUCAGGACAGAGGAAAUACGAAACAGGUGAUCAUCCCCAGACUUUGUUUUCUGUCACGAGCAGCAGGCCAGAAGCAUUUUGCAGGGCAGUGAGAAGAUGGAGUUAAAUGCGCAGUGGGUAAUCCAUGACUGUGCUGGAGAGCUGGGAGGGGAACGGUCAGUGGUCGUCUGUGGGGAAUGGACGUGUGCUUAAUCAGAUCCAGGUUGUCAAUGUAUAUAUAUAGCUUUGGCUUAAAAUGUAUCAGUAGUAUUAGUAGUAUUUAAGCAAGGAAGUUAAGUCAAAGAUUUUUUAAAAUUAGUGUUUUUUAGCAUUUACCAAUGCCAGCAUUUUUCAAACAAGUUUUCCAGAAUGAGUUUCAGUCCUCCAGUGAGGCUAGCAGUUCAAGUGUAACUUCACAUCGCUUUUAUUUAUUUUAAUUUUUUUGUCAGUCUAUUCCAUGUAUCCAUGCCUCUGCUUCUAUUUUGUUCGUCAGUUUAUUUUGUUCACUAGAUUCCACAUAUAAGUGAGAUCAUACGGCAUUUGUCUGUUUGCAUUGCUUUUAAGUGCUGAUUAGCAGCUUUAUCGUUCAUUUGAAUAAACCAUUAUUUUUCAUUGAACUUUCUCGGGCUUAAUUCAUCCACAACUCACACUUUAAAAAAAUAUCUAUCAAUUUUUUAGGCAAAGAAACAUACCAUGGUUCUGAGGAGUCUUUUUAGGUGGGUGGGAGGUGACAUGGUAGAUAUAAUAUCAGGAAAAGAAGCAUUUUGAAGCACCAGUGUUUGGGAAUUUACACUUAACAUUAGGUUAUGUUUAAUUUUGUGAUUUAAUUUUAUGU